AUGAGACCAGUCUUGCUUGGGCUUGCGCCCAUCGGAGCCGCGGCACUUGCUCUCUCGCCUCCUGUAUAUCCAACCCCGGAAGGAAGAGGCCACGGGCAAUGGGCAGAAGCCUACGUCCAGGCCCGCGCCUUUGUCGCCUUGAUGAGCCUCGAAGAAAAGGUCAACAUCACGCGUGGCUUCGCCGACACGAGCAACACCUGUGCUGGCAACACCGGAUCCGUGCCGCGACUCAACUGGCAUGGACUGUGUCUUAUGGAUGCGGGGAAUGGCGUCCGGGCAACAGACAUGGUGAGCUCCUGGGCGUCAGGGCUGCACGUCGGCGCCAGCUGGGACAAGAAUCUUACCUACGAGAGAGGGCUGUGGAUGGCAAGGGAAUUCAAGGCCAAAGGCGUGAAUAUCGCGCUUGGUCCAAACGCCGGUCCUCUUGGCAGAACUCCUCUGGGUGGCAGAAACUGGGAAGGCUUCUCGGUUGACCCCUAUCUCUCGGGGGCGUUGAACGCCGAGACCAUCACGGGCAUGCAAAAGGCCGGUGUUAUGGCAAACCUCAAGGCUAACGCUGCUGUUCAGCACUUCAUCGCAAACGAACAAGAAACGUAUCGCCGCCCCUAUUCCGGCGUAGAGGCAGUUUCGUCCAACAUUGAUGACAAGACACUGCACGAGUACUACCUCUGGCCUUUCAUGGAUGGCGUCAAAGCCGGCGCCGCCUCCGUCAUGUGCUCCUACAACAGGAUCAACAACACGUACAGCUGCGAGAACAGCAAACUCAUGAAUGGCAUUCUCAAGGGUGAAUUGGGAUACCAAGGAUUCAUCAUGCUCGAUUGGAACGCACAACAUAAUAUGAAUAGCGCAAAUGCGGGCUUGGAUAUGCUCAUGCCCCUGGGUGGUUCCUGGGGGAAUAAGUUGACCGAGGCGGUGCGCAACGGCACGGUCAAGGAGGCGAGGGUCACGGACAUGGCUACAAGGAUUCUCGCGGCGUGGUACCUCGUCGGGCAGAAUGAAGACUUCCCGACGCCAGGAAUCGGCAUGAAGAAUCUCACUGAGCCCCACGAGCCGGUUGAUGCUCGUGAUCCCCGAUCGAAGCCUGUCCUCUUGGAGGGCGCUAUUUCGGGACACGUGCUCGUCAAGAAUGAGAAUCAUACGCUCCCGUUUACGAAGCCUCUGAGAAUGGUGUCCGUGUAUGGGUACGACGCCACCGUUCCUGCUACAAAGAACACAGAUGUGCUUUUUCAGCUGGGGUACUACUCUUCCAAGGAGAUGGGGCAGGCUGUUCUCGGAAAGGAGUACCACUUCGACCAGGCUGCGAGGGGAGGGACGAUUGUCUCAGGGGGACGAGCUGGCUCCAAUGCUCCGGCUUAUAUCAGCGACCCACUGAGCGCUAUUCAGCAAAGAGCUCAAAAGGACAACACCUGGGUGAAUUGGGACCUAACAUCCAACAACCCCGACGUCAAUGGCGCUUCGGAAGCCUGCCUCGUCUUUAUCAAUGCCAUGGCGACAGAAGGCUGGGACCGAGAUGGCCUCCAUGACCACUUCAGCGACACCCUUGUGAACAAUGUAGCUUCUAAAUGCGCCAACACGAUUGUCAUCGUCCACACAGCCGGAAUCCGUCUCGUCGACCAGUGGAUCGAGCACCCCAACGUGACGGCUACGAUAAUCGCCCACUUGCCCGGCCAGGAUAGCGGUGCGGCGCUCGUCAAGCUGCUGCAUGGAGAGGCCAAUUUCUCAGGCAAACUGCCAUAUACACUUGCCAAGAACGAAUCGGACUACUCUGUAUAUGAACCCUGUGGCCGUGGACCCAGUAACACUACCAGCCCGCAGUGCGAUUACACCGAGGGCGUGUAUCUUGACUACAGGGCAUUCGACAAGAACAACAUCACGCCCCGGUACGAAUUUGGGUACGGGCUGAGCUACACCACCUUCUCCUACAGCGAUGUCGACCUUUGGCAGGACGAGGGACUUUGCGAGUCUGUCGGCCAUGCUACUGAUUUGUGGGAUAUUGUCGCCAGGGUGAGAAUUACGGUUACCAAUACUGGUUCUGUGGCAGGGGAGGAAGUCGCCCAGCUGUACUUGAGGAUUCCCGGUGCUCCGCUGAAGCAGCUUCGCGGGUUUGAAAAGGCAAGACUGGCUCCGGGGCAGCCAACGACCGUUGACUUUGGCCUUACCAGACGGGAUCUGAGUGAGUGGGAUGUCGGAAGACAGCAGUGGGUGGUGCAGGGUGGAGAGUACAGGGUGUUUGUUGGAGCGAGCAGCCGUGAUAUUCGGUUGACUGGGUCGAUUGUGGUGCCUGAACGGAUAGAGAGAGGGCAUGCCGAGACAAUGAGCAGGAUAAUGGUCCCGUUUAUGAAAACCAAUGGCCGCCACUAG